GGCUGAUCUGCAGGAGGAAAUUGCUAAUUGCACUACAGAGGAAAAAAUAGGCUACUUUUUUCUUUUUUUUUCAUGAAGGGAACAAGCUUCCAUAGCUUGUGGAGUAUCACUGUGGAUUGCUGCUGCAUGUAAGGAGCAGCACGAAAGCACAAAGACGUCGCUAUUUCUUCAUUCACGGACUGCACAAGCGGUGGAACAUUAAGAAGGACAGCGUGGCACGGUUCGAAUGAUGGACAUGAGGUUUCAGCUGACACUGUCAGUGUUGCUGGCUCUCAUAAGAGAAGACAACGGACAAAGCCAAAAUAAACCAACAGUGUCUCUCCUGCCGAGGUUCCCAGAUGUGUUUGUUGGAGAUGACAUCACUCUGAUCUGUAAAGGAGGGAGUGGAACGAUAAAAUGGUUCAUUAAUGAAGUACAACAAUCACAUCAGGAUUCUUCAAUGGUUCUUACAGCAGUGACAUCAAAAAACAGAGGGAGGUAUGAAUGUGAGCGGGGCAACUUGAAGAGCGACAAGUUCAAACUCACUGUCCUGGAGCUGGAGCCUCACGCUCAGCUCUUUCCAUCUAUAGGUGGCGCUGUGAUGUCCAAAGGCGAUGGAAGAAACCUGGUGCUGCAGGUGGACGAUGAUCCGAAUGGCUGGGCGUGUUUUGUGUUGCGGGGAGAGAACGGCUUCAGAAUACAACCUGCUGUUAAUGAGAAGAGGACUGUUAUAUUUGCAGAAUUAAAAGAGGAAAACAGAGCAACUUUCUGGUGCAAGAAGGGUACACAACGAAGUAAUGCGGUGACACUGAAAAUGACAGAGCUCAGGGUGAUGUUGGAGCCUCCGGCCCUUCCUGCACUGUUGGGGGAGAGUGUGGCUCUCAGGUGUGUAGUCUGGGGUGGAGGGAAAGUGGAAAAUGCUGUGUUCUUUAAGGAUACAAAGCAAAUAGCAAACAAAACGGAAGACACAUACAUCAUCACCAGCGCCACACAAGAUCAAACCGGCAAGUACAGCUGCCGCGCCACCUACAGGUACAGCCACAUCAGUCCAGAUGCGUCCCAGCAGAAAGGAGAUUCUGAUGCCCAGGAGUUAAAAUUUAUAGGUGGACCUCCUGCUGCUACGGUGGAUUCAACAUCUACUACAAGUCUGCGGUGUUCCUGCAAUGGCUGUCCUGCCGACUGCACAUCUUACCGCUGGUAUCGCACACCCUUUGAUGACUCAUUUGCACGCAAAAGUCUAUCUGUAAAUGGCCGGUAUAUUGACAUGGAUAAAGAAGGAAUGUACAGCUGCCGGAUGGACUGCGGGAAAGGUUUCUCCCGCUUCAGCAACGUUUACCGCUACAAAGCUGAACCAACAUAUGUGCUGCCCAUCAUGGCUGCAAUUCUGAUGGUUCUCGGGGUGUUGAUCGUGGUGCUGGUCGUGUUGAAGUGCAGAAAACGUGGAGAAAGCAGUGUUCAGACGACCGAACGGGAUAAAGACAAGAGGACAGGUGGAGUCUAUGAGCAUAUCCAACUCACCGAUCAGGCGGAUAAGGACAAGGGUGAGGGUCAGGGCCGGGUCUAGG